UGCUCCUGUGCAGGUGCGCGGUUGCCAGGCGACGGCAGUGAUUGGCGGGGUUGGGGGGGGGGUGGCGAGGAAGGAGCGAGCACCUAAAGGUGUCUUCUGAGCAGCGGGAAGGUGAAAUUCGUCCGGCGGUCGGGGCUGGUAAAGCCGCCGGGACGGAGAAGACCGGCCAACCAGCGCUCGCUGCUGUUGCAAUUCACCGCCAGCCGGACGGCGCAACAAAUCCGCAUCCUUUCCAAUGGCUUCGGGGCUGUUGAUCUGAUGAGUUGGUGUUGGUCACAGCUCUUCCCAAGUAUGUGAAAGAUUCAGAACAUUUCAGCGCUACCCCAUUGACCGAUAUGACUGGUUGGGUCUCACUGGGACUGCACAGAGGAGGAGAUCAGUGACGAUGAAAAGGGCUAUGACCCAGAGUUGUUUUGUAUUCCGAAACACUAUGAAGAAGACCUUGAAAGAGUUUUCAUUCCUCAUGGGCUUAUUAUGGAUCGGACCGAGAGGCUAGCCAGAGAUAUAAUGAAGGAUAUGGGUGGCGAUCACAUCGUGGUGCUUUGUGUACUGAAGGGGGGUUACAAGUUCUUUGCUGAUCUGUUGGACUACAUCAAAGCUCUGAACAGGAACCAGGAAGAGUCACUCCCAAUGACCAUCGAUUUCAUCAGGUUGAAGAGUUACUGCAACGAUCAAACUGCAGAGGAAGUGAAAGUUAUUGGAGGAGAUGACCUGUCUUCACUGGCUGGGAAGAACAUCUUGAUAGUUGAAGACAUUGUGGAAACUGGGAGAACGAUGAAGAAGCUCCUUAAACUUCUGGAGAGCCACAAGCCCCAGAUGGUCAAAGUGGCAAGCUUGUUGUUGAAAAGAACUCCCCAGAGCUUGGGAUACAGACCGGACUUUGUAGGAUUUGAAAUUCCAGAUAAAUUUGUGGUGGGAUACGCCCUGGAUUACAAUGAACAUUUUCGGGAUUUGAAUCACAUUUGUGUGAUCAGCGAUAAAGGCAGGCAGAAAUACAAGGUCUGAAGAAAGGACGGAUUCCCUCACAAUAACCUGGAGAACUGAACACAGUAGCUUCCUAAAUAUCCUUAUCAUAUCAAUUUAUUUGUAAGCAACAGAAUAUGGGGGGAGAAUACUCCAUCUGGAAAUAUACAUAUCUGGAAAUAAUUCAGAUUAUUUCACUAUUUUUGUAUUGUGUUUGAUGGAAAUGGCUUAAAAUUUUAUAUUUAAAGCAUCCGGUAAUAUUUUAAUUCAGCCCUUCUGAAAGUGGUGAGAGCAAAAAAUAUUUUUGUAUUCAAAUGUUUUGCUUGUGCAAGGGCGCAGGGGUGCCGAGCUUUCUGAAGGCAAACGUGCCCUUCAGGGGACACGGCUCACACAGUUCGAGGGCUGUGGUCUCGACGGUGGCUUUCAAUAUACUGAGGCGCCCACAAGUAAGGCACCGGCAUUCCUUAGAAGGUGAUCUGGGUUCUCCUGAUGGACAUUUCCUACCUGCUUGAUGCCCGGGUGGAGUGGCACUGGUAAUUCUAUUGCCUCAGUUCUGCCAGAGACCAGGGUUCAAUCCCGGCCUUAGCUGCUGCCCGUGUGGAGUUUGCACAUCCUCCCUGUGAUUGGGUGGGUUUCCUUUGUGUGCUCGGGUUUCCUUUGUGUGCUCUGCUUUCCUCCUGCAUCCCAAAGAAAUAGCUGUUGUAAAUUGCAUGUAGGUGAUUUGGUGGGGGGGGGGGGGGGCAUUGAAUCAAAAUCAGGUUUAUUAUCACAGACUUCUGUAGUUGAAUGUGUUGUUUUGCAGCAGCAGUACCGUGCAAUAUGUAAAAUAUUAUAAAUUAUAAUAAAGAAUUUACAUAUAAAAUUAGCAGUGGAAAAAGAGCAAAAAUGGUGGUGAGGUAGAGUUCAUGACUUUGUGAACACAUGAAAUCUGACAGUAGAGGGGAAGAAGCUGUUCCUAAAAUGUUGAAUGUAUGUCUUCAGACCUCUUCCCUGAUGGUAGAAGUGACAAGAGGGCAUAUCCUGGGUGUCAAGGGUCCUUAACGAUGGAUGCUGCCUUUUUAAGUCAUAGAAAAGUACAGCACAGAAAGAGACCCUUAUGAUCAUCUAGUCUGUGCUGAAACGUUUAAACUGCCUACUCCCAUUGACCUGCACCGGGACCACAACCCUCCAUAUCCCUACCAUCCAUGUACCUAUCCAAACUUAAAGGUUGAAAUUGAGCUCACAUGCACCAGUGGCGCUGGCAGCUUGUUCCACACUCCACAGCCCUCUGAGCGAAGAAGUUUCCCCUCACGUUCCCAGCAAUCUUUUCUCCUUUCACCCUUAACCAGAUGAUGUACCCCAUGGUUAGAAUCCCAUGGUUCUAAUAGAUGGCUGUAGAGAUUGUGGAGUCAUUAGUAACGAUCUUUUAAGAAUCACUAGAGUCUGGAAUGGUUCCAGAAGACUGGAAAAUUGCUAAUUUCCAGAGGGAGAAGAAAGGAAAUUAUAGGCCAGUUAGUCUGACCUCUGUAGUUGGGAAAUUGUUGGAGUCAAUUGUUAAGGCUGAGGUCUCAGAGUACUUGGAGGCACAUGAUAAAAUAGGCAGAAGUCAGCAUGGCUUCCUCAAGGGAAGAUCUUGCCUGUCAAAUCUAUUGGAAUUCUUUGAAGAAAUAGCAAGCAAGAUAAACAAAGGAGAAUCGGCUGAUAAGUAUUUUGGAUUUUCAGAAGGCCUUUUACAAGGUUCCACACAUGAGGCAGUUUAACAAUCGAUGAGCCCAUGGUAUUACAGGGAAGAUUCUAGCAAGGAUAAAAUAGUGGCUGACUGGCAGGAGGUAAAGAGUGGGAAUAAAGGGAGCCUUUUCUGGUUGGCUGCCAGUGACUAAAGGUGUUCUAUAGGCGUCUGUGUUGGAACCAAUUUUUUCUUCGUUAUAUGUUAAUCAUUUGGAUGAUGGAAUUGAUGGUUUUGGUUCAAUGUUUGCUGACAAUACGAAGAUAGGUGAAGGGGCAGGUAGUUUUCAGGAAGCAGACGGGCUACAGAAGGUCUUAAACAGAUUAGGAGAAUGAAAAAAAUAAGUGGCAGAUAGAAUACAGUAUUGGGAAGUGUAUGGUCAUGUACUUUGGUAGAAGAAAGGCAAGGGCUAACUUUUUUAAAUGGAAUGAAAAUACAAAAAAAACUGAGGCUAAAGGGGCUUGGAAUUCUUCUGCAGGAUUCCCUAAAGGUUAAUUUGCAGGUUGAGUCUGUGGUGAGGAAGGCAAAUACAAUGUUAGCAUUCAUUUCAAGAGGACUAGAAUAUAAAAGCAAAGCUGUAAUAUUGAGACUUUAUAAAGCACUGGUGAGGCCGCACCUUGACUAUUGUUAGCAGGUUUGGGUCCGUAAUCCUAGAAAGGAUGUGCUGAUACCAGAGGGGGUUCAAAGGAGGUUCACAAACAUCAUUCCUGGCUUGAACGGCUUGUCAUAUGGAGAACAUUUGAUGGCUCUGGGCCUGUAUUCACUGGAAUUCAGAAGAAUGAGAGUCGACUUCAUUGAAACCUAUCAAAUGGUGAAAUGCCUUGAUAGACUACUACCUUUGGAGACAUCCUCUCUACAUCCACUCCAAGUCCAGAGGACACAUUCUCAGAAUAGAGGGAUGUCCUUUCAGAAUGGAGAUGAGAAGGAAUUUCUUUAGCCAGAGAGUGGUGAAUUUGUGGAAUUUGUUGCCACACACAGUUGUGGAGGCCAAGUCAUUGGGUAUAUUUAAGGCAGAGGUUGAUAGAUUCUUGAUUAGUAAGGGCAUGAAGGGAUACAGGAAGAAUGUAGGAGAUUGGGGCGGUGAGAGAAAAUGGAUAAGCCAAGAUGAAAUGGCAGAGUAGACUCAAAGGGCAGAUUGGCCUAAUUCUGCUCCUUUGUCUUAUGGUCUUAAAAAUCCUGCUUGCAUUUACCCUAUCUAUACCCCUCAUAAUUUUCUAUACCUCUAUAAAAUCUCUGUUCAGUCUUCUAUGUUCCAAGGAAUGCAGUCAUUGCCUUUUGAAGAGGUCCAUGAUGGUGGAGAGGCUGUACCAAUGAUGGAGUUGGCUGAGUUCACAGUCCUCUGCAUGAUGAGUAUGUGGAGAUAAUAAAAAAAAUAAAAUCAAUAUAAUUGGGGGGUGGAGGAGAUGAGAUAAUUGGGAAGGGUCUGUUUCUGGACUGUAUAUGUGCCAAAUUAAGUCUUGUUCCUUCUUUGAUGCCAUGCCAGUGAGCAAAAUCAAAACUGAUGUGGGUUUCUAUCUCUUCUUCCUUUGGAAACAACAGCACCACCUACAUUCCCUCUUUUUUUAUAUAUAUAGCUGCGCAGACCAGCCAUUGCUUUGAGCAGGAAAUUUUUACACGGUCUGAAAACUCUGUGGUAUGUUAAAUGAUUUUGUUUUUGUAAUAUGCGUACUAAGAAUAUUUAGAAUGAAAAUUGAAAAAUCACAUAAUUUGGAUUUUAUUAAUUGAAGCGUGUAUUGAAAUACAGCAAAGAAAAUCUUUUACGUUUCAAAAAAUGUUUUCUAGCAGUGUCCAAUUCCGGCUAGAUGGCAACAAAGGCUAUGUGCACGGGAGCGUUUCAGUUACUUUGAGGGAGUGUAUCCAUGCAGUUUGGAGGCAACAGUGAUGAGCAUAAAGAAGUAAUGAGGGAAUCAAAAGAUCUAGGAUGCCCAUCCCAUUGUUCCUUACAGGAUCAUGAAGAAGGUAUAUGCCACACUUGUCUUCAUAGGGUGAUGUAGAAUAUAUAAGUUGGGGCAUUAUGUUACAUCUUCAGAAAACACUGGCUAAGCUCUACAUGGUAUGCAAUUCUGGUCAUUACACUACAUAAAGGAUGCAGUUACUGUGGAGGGAGUGCAGAGGAGAUUCACCAGCAUGUUCCCUGCACUGAAGGUCUUCAGUUAUCGAGAGAAGUGGCUUUGGUUUGGCUUGUUUUCCAUAGAGUGAAUUAGAAUCGGGUUUAUUAUUGCUGACAUGCAUCGUGAGAUUUGUUUUGUGGCAGAAACACAGUGCACUGCAUUAAAAAUAUGAAAUGUAAAAGAUAUAUAAAUAGUGCAAAAAGAGAACAGAAUGGUAAUGUGGUAUUCAUGGGUUUAUGAACUAUUCAGAAAUCUGAUGGUGGAGGGAAGAAGCUGCUCAUAAAACAUUGAGUGUGUGUUUUCAGGCUCCUGUUCGUCCUGUAUUGUCACGUGGCCAAGUGGUGUUUGUCUAGUUAUCUGAAGGUCGCUAGUUCAAGCCUUGGCUGAGGCUGCAUGUGUGUCCUUGAGCAAGGCACUUAACCACACACUGCUGUGCGACGACAUCGAUGCCAGGCUGUCUGGGUCCUAAUGCCCUUCCCUUGGACAACAUCAGUGGUUUGGAGAGGGGAGAAUGCCAGUCUUCCAUUAUAUAAAAAAAAACCUUGCCCAGGCUUGUGCCCUGGAAACUUUCCAAGGUGCAAAUCCAUGGUCUAUCGAGACUAACACAUCCUGUACAACCUAUUGGUGGUAGUAAUGAGGAGUCUUCUGAUAGAACUUGUAUCUACUGCACAGGAUUGAAGUGAGCCGCAGAGAGUUAUAAAAUUAGUCAACUUCAUUAUGGGUACUAGCCUCUAUGAUAAUCAAGACAUCAAGGAUCGGUGCCUCAGAAAAGAGGCUUCCAUCAUCAAGGACCCCCACCACCCAGGACAUGCCCUCUUUUCAUUGUUACCAUCAGGAAGGAGGUGCAGAAGCCCACAGACGCACACACUCAGUGAUUCGGAAACCACUUCUUCCCUCUGCCAUCCAAUUUCUGAAUGGACAUUGAACCCAUGAGCACUAACUCACCAUUUCUUUUUAUUAAUUUCUGUUUUUGCACAACUUAUCUUAAUUUAACUUUUGUUUAUUGUACUGCUGCCACAAAGUUAACAAAUUUCAUGAUGUAUGCCAGUGAUAUUAAACCCGAUUCUAUUUUGAUAGUUAUAUAAGAAUAUGGAAACAUACAGAACUGUGCAAAAGUCUUGGCACAUGUAUAUAGCUCGUGUGAAAACAACUUUUGCACGGUACUGUAUUUGCCAAUGUGGAGCGGUGAGCAAGUUAGUAAAUCUGGUGGGAGCAAAGGUUGCUGGGAGUAGCAAGGGUGGCGUGCCAAGGAAGGGGUAUGGGGCAGGUGAGAGGAAAGGAAAGGGUAUGGGGCAGGUGAGAGGAAAGGAAAGGAGCUGGCACGGAUAAAGACACCCGGACAUUAGACACCAGGCAAGGUCAUUUGAUUCCAAACAAUUGGUUUAUUAAUCAUCAUGGAAUCUCGCUCUAGUACUUUCCACUCCCUCUGCUCUCCCUUCCCCUCUUCUCAGCCAUGAUUCCCCUCUCCCUUCCCACUCUCAGUCCACAAUAGAGACUCAUAUCAGAAUCAGAUUUAUCAUCACUCACAUAUGUCAUGAUUUUUUUUUUGGCUGCAGCAGUACAUAGCAACACAUAAAACUACUACUGUACUGUGCAAAAGUCUUAGGCACCCUAGCUAUAUAAAUGCCUUGGCUCACUACUAUGUCUCAUAUAGAUAUUCAGCCCUGAGGAAAGGUCUCGCUCUGAAACAUUGACUAUCUAUUCUUUUCCAUAGAUGCUGUCUGACUUGCUGACUUCCAGCAUUUUGUGUGUGUUGAUCUGGAUUUUCAGCAUCUGCAGACUUCCUCGUCUUUGUAGAUACUCAAUUUUUUUUUCCCCAUGGUAAGGUGGAUCAACAAUGAGGGUUCAGGGUUAAAAUGUGGGGAUCGAGUUUUAAAUGGGAUGGAGGGGUAAGAUUUACACACACACAGUGUGUGGUUAGUAUCUAGAUCAUGCUGCCAAAGGUGGUGGUGGAACCAGAUAUAAUUACAAUGUUUUAGAAGGUACUUGGACAAGUACUUAAUGGGCAAAGUAUAGGCCGAUAUGGUCCUAAUGUGGGCAUGUAGUAUAGCUAUGCUACAUGGUUGGCAUGGAUGUAGGAGGCCAGAGGCCCUUUUUCUGUUUUGUACUCUACUGUGUCUUAAUGAAAAAGUAGACGGGAAUAGGCCUGCCUUGUGGUUUCAGCUCCUUUCAGGAAUAAAAUUGAGGAUCAGGUUCAUUAUCACUGACUUAUCAUGAACUUUGUUGUUUUGUGGCAUUAACACAGUACAAGACUUAAAAAUUACUUUUAAGUUACAAAAAAAUUGAAUAAUGCCAAUGACGGAUAAUAAGGCCGUGUCAUGGACUCUUCAGAAAUCUGAGGGCAGAGGGGAAGAAGUUGUACCUAAUCACAAACAAGAGAAAAUCUGCAGAUGCUGAAAACCUAAAAUGUUGAGUGUGGGUCUUCAGGCUUCUGUACCUUCUCCUCAAUGGUAGUAAUCAGAAGAGGGUAUUUCCUGGAUGGUGAGCACCCCUAGUGAUGAAUGCUGCAAUCUUGAGGAUAUCCUCUUGAAGAUAUCCUAAAUCAGGGGUUCCCAACCUUUUGUAUGCCAUGGACCAAUACCAUUAAGUAAAAUGUCUGUAGACCCCAUAUUGGGAACCUCUGUCCUAGAUGGACAUGGUUUAAAAAAAAACAGUGACAGGCAAUAGGCUUGUAGUAUAUCACAGAUCCACUCAAAUGCAGAAGGUAAAGCAUAAACACAAGUGAGUCUGCAGAUGCUGGAAAUCCUAAGCACCACAAUUGCUGGAGGAACUCGGUAGUUCAGGCAGUGUUUAUGGAAAUGAAGAAACAGUUGACAUUUCGGGCCAAGGCCCUUCUUCAGGACAGAAGAUGAAGCAGGACGUGAAGUGAUCUGCAGCUUUGCUGAGGGUUACCUCAAGCCAAUCACGGUCCAGAUGAUUUUCUGGCAGAGUCCAGUUAUAUUGUGGGGAGGUGGGAUCUAGCUGGCUGUGUCAGAUCUGCUGGUUUGAAUGAAGCACAGUCCGGGGAUUCCAGAUUUGCUGGCUUGAAUUCAUCACAGUCUAGAGAUCGCAUGGCUUAGUUAGAUCCCCCUGACUGUACCAUGUCCAAUCAUAGUGCAGGGGCUCCAGUUGCCCUUGUUGCAUCUGCUGGCCAUUGGAAAAGGGAUUGUUAUUGUCACAUGUCCUGAGGUACAGUGGAAAGCGUUGUUUAGCAUGUCAUCCAGACAGAUCAGAUCACAACAACUGCAUUGAUGUAGUAUCAGGGAAAAGAAUAACAAUGCAGAACAAAGUCUUACAGAGAAGGUGCAGUGCUGGCAGAUAAUAAAGUGCAAGGACCAUAACGAUGUGGAUUGUGAGGUCAAGAAUCUCUUAUCCCUUUAGGGAAUCAUCCAGUAAUCUUGUGCCAGUGUGGUAAAAGUUGUCCUUGAGCCUGGUGGAACAUGCUUUCUGGGUUUUUGUAUCUUCUGCCCAAUUGUGGAGGGGGCACAGAAGAGAGAAUGUCCAGUGUGGGUGGGGUGUUUGGCAGGGAGGAGUAUGGGCUGAGAUUGGGGAGGGGGAGGCUGGUUUCCAUGAAGUCUUGAGAUCCCCCUCCAUGGACUCGGUCUACACUUGGCAUAGCACAGGGAAGCUUGCUGGUUCUAUGAACUCAUUUGGCAUUAAGCACUCACCAGACCAUAUUAGUCUGUGUUGUAAAUGAGUACAAGAUGUCUUCAUUCUCAUCUGCUGAGUUGCCAAUCGUAUGGUCCAUCUCCAAGCAGCCUGGUGGUAAAGUGACCCUUCCGCCCAGUGCAGCAUUCCUCGAGGAACUUCCCAGCUCAUUGGAUCACAAGGGUGCAUCUGAUUCUCCCAUCUUGAGUAGAUCCACCAAUGGCAGGGUGGAAAAAUGCAGAUUAGAUUGGCAGCAUGGUGGAGAUAUGAGGGAGCAGGUGGAGUCAGAUUUUUAGAGUAAGUCUUGGAUUUUACACUCUGGGGUUCACCAGAAACCUAAACUCUGUUCGCCUGUUUUUGAGGUUCAGGUCUCAAGUACAAAAUCCUGGUAUGUACUGGGGAGUUGGUGCUGUCUUAGGGAGGAACUGUCAGGGAUUUAUCCUGGUAUGUAUUGAGGAGUUGGAGGUACUGUCUUGGGGAGGAACUGUCAGGAUUUAUCCAAUAUUCAUCCUUCAGUAUUGUUAAAGUUGGAUCAUUUAGUUAAUCUCCACCUUCAUGUUUGUAGGAUUUUGCAAGUUGUCUGUCAAGAUCCCCAGAGCAGUUCAUAAAGUACUCGGCGUGUCCCUGACAGGGGAAUGAAAGAAAACACAAGUCUUAAUCCUGCAAGUGAAUGGGAUAUGUCGUCAUUAUCCAGUUGCUCCUCCCCUCUCCAACCAAGAUGGAAAUUCCACACUAUUCUGGCCCCUUAUUUUGUUUGAUUACAUUGGCUUCUAUUUGUAUCCAUUUGUUGAGGGUGUAAAAUGCAUGUUCACUGCCUACUGCCACUGCAUGUAUUCAUGGUGGUCAAAUGCCUCUACGCCCAAACCCAAGACACCACAAGCAGAGAAUUUUGCACUCCAAGCAUUCAAAUAAUGAAUGUAAUGCAGAAAUGCCCUUAUGGUGUACCUUGCAUGUAUAUUUUUGAUGGUGUAUCUGCUAUUUUGAAGUCAGUCUAUAAUCGUGGAUUAAUGUAUAUUUUUAAUUUGGAAUGAACUGAAAUGAAUGUAUCUGCAAUAAAAUAAUGCA